GUAAACUGUGAACCUUUUAUUAUUCAAUAAAUCCCUGCAGGGGCUAAGGCCCCUCCAGUUCUCUCAAAAGUUACAUGUGGCUUUUUGAAUGUAAGCAGUUACAUGUGUUUGCAUGAGCUACUACUAGCUAAUUGGUUAGCUUGUUGAUUAACCAUGCUAUUAUAACAGAGAUUGACAGGCAUGGUGAAAGUCUAAAUGUGAUUGAUGUGUGGCAUUGUUGAGUAGAAAACCAGCUGUUCAAAAGAAACAAUUAUGUUUCGAUAGUCCCUGUAAGAUUAUGUUAUCACCAACGUGAAGUUGUAAUCCUUCCCACGGCUCAUAAUAUUAUUAAAGAAGUGCUUCGGUCCAUAUCCAUCCAUCUACAGGUCUUCCUUUCUAGUUCUGCAAGAAAAAGAAGGGCAUGCAAUAAAUAAAUAAAUAAAAAUAUUAGAAGGACUUUGCUAGGCCAACCAGGGAGGGCGCAGUCAGUUCCAAUGUGAUAAGAAUGCUGCCCCAGGAUUCCUGUGGCUUCAUGACAAAAGUUUUCAAGUGAAGACAAGGCCCUAUACUUCUUCCUCCCUCUCUCCCUCUCCCUCUCCCUCUCUCUCCGAUAGGGAAGAACAAAAUCACAGUACAAAAGCAGGCUAUGAGGACAAAAUAUAUCGUCCUCUGAAACUGGGCGAUUGGCACACCUAAAGACGCUGAAACUAUUACACUGUCAAGAAGCUGUGGCCUGUGAGCAAGAGCUACUCGGAACAGAAACGGUCAAGCCUGCCUGCCUUCCAACUCCUCCAAAGCUACUUCGUCGUCUCCAGGGCUCUUUCUUGUUGGAGGUCUGAAGCUUCUAGGGACACGGGUAUCUGUAUAUAGGAGCUCUGAGCGUGCUGGAUGGGAGAUACUAGUAGUUCUAGCCAUUCAAGGCAGGAUCCCUGUGCUCUUGGCUAUGGCUUCCAUGGUGCCAUCGCCAAUUCCAUUCCUGCAAACUUCUUCAGUGACCAAGACGGAGGUGCCUAUUUUGGAGAGCUGGAAGAGGCUUUCAUGCAUCAGGUUGCCUCACUCGCAAGAACUCAACAAGCUGCAACUACCUCCAUAGCUCAUCAUGGAGACAUCAAGCCCUUUCCCACUGCUGCUACUGUCACAGCUGCAACGACUACAGCUAGGCCACCUCCUACACUGGACAUCUUCCCAGCUUGGCCUAUGAGGUCUCUUCACACACCCAAGGAGGGCUCAAAUGUGACAGCAGACAGCACAGACGACUCGGAGAGCAGCAGCAAGAACAACAGCAACCACUCAGAUCAGCACGGAGCAGCAGCAGACAUGCAAAGCCAGUUUGGUCAAGGUUCACAGCAGCAGCAGCAGCAGCAGCUUCAGCACAAGAAUAUGGCUACUAGUUUCACCCCAAGGACUGGCAAGACUCCUGAUCCAAAGACAAUCAGAAGGCUUGCGCAGAACCGAGAAGCUGCACGCAAAAGCCGGCUGCGAAAGAAGGCUUACAUUCAGCAGCUUGAGAGCAGCAAACUGAAGCUUGCUCAGAUAGAACAGGAUAUGCAGAGAGCACAUUCCCAGGGCAUCUUUCUAGGAGGAGCUCCAGGUGCAAACUCUAGCUCAGUCCACUUCUCUCACCAUCCAUGUCCAGGCGCCGCAAUGUUCGACGUGGAGUACGCCCGUUGGCUGGAUGACCACGGCCGGCGCAUGGCCGAGCUGCACGGAGCUCUGCAUGCGCACUUGCCAGAUGGUGACCUCAGAGCCAUCGUGGAUGACACCCUGACCCACCACGAUGAGCUGUUCCAGCUAAAGGCGUCGGCAGCCAAGUCUGACGUGUUCCACCUCAUCACCGGGGUGUGGACGACCCCGGCUGAGCGGUGCUUCCUCUGGAUGGGUGGAUUCAGGCCAUCGGAUCUGGUCAAGACGCUGCUGCCCCAGCUAGAUCCCUUGACUGAGCAGCAACUGGUAGGCAUAUGCAACCUUCAACAGUCAUCACAGCAGGCAGAGGAAGCUCUCUCCCAGGGCCUGGACCAGCUGCAUCAGUCCCUAGCUGACACCAUGGCCGGUGGAUCUCUGAUUGACGACACCAACAUGAGCUUCAUGGGUCAAAUGGCCCUUGCCCUUGGCAAGCUGUCCAACCUUGAAGGUUUUGUGAUACAGGCUGAUAACUUGAGGCAGCAGACUCUUCAUCAGAUGCACCGGAUUCUGACAGUUCGGCAGGCAGCUCGAUGUUUCUUGGCCAUUGGCGAGUACCACAACCGCCUCCGUGCCUUAAGCUCCCUCUGGGUUUCUCGGCCUCGAGAGAUACUGGGUGCAGAUGAAGGCAAUUGUGGGGAGAUAAGCAUUGCGGCACAAGCAUCUCAAAGCCAAUUUUCAUCCUUCUGAUUCACGCAUGAUUUGGAACUAACCUUCGUCUUAGGAGCAAGAGAGAAACGACUGGGAAGUUGAAAGAGAAGUUUUGGAUGCCAUCAGAUGUCUGAGAGGCACAGAGAGCUGGAAAAUGAAUGAAGCUUUAGAACAGGGAGUGUUUCUGAAAAUGUGCGGAACCUGUAGGAGCAAUUUCCAGGACGUGAAAUUGUUUAGUUCACUGGACUCGUGUCCAGUACUGCACGUUCUUUUGGUUCUGUCCAGUCUAGAUUCUCAAACAGCUCUGCCUUUGGUUCUGUCCAGUCAGAAUUCUCAAAACAGCUCUGCCUAGGUAACGAAAGAAUUCAUUCUGCAACUCUACAGAUAAUUGCUGGUUACUGCAUAUCUACUUAUCUACUAGUAAUCUGUAUGAUUA